AGAGGAUGGGUAUCUACCUAAAGUUACUUUUGUAGUGGUCCAAAAGAGACAUCACACCCGUCUCUUUCCUGUCAACCCCAAAGAGACCGAUAGAAGUGGAAAUAUUAUGCCAGGAACCGUGGUAGACACCAGCAUUUGUCACCCUAGGGAAUUUGAUUUUUACCUUAACAGCCAUGCAGGAAUUCAGGGGACUAGUCGACCAACGCAUUAUCAUGUGUUGUAUGAUGAAAAUAAAUUCACUGCAGACCAGCUACAGAGUUUGACCAAUAACUUGUGCUACACUUAUGCGAGGUGUACUCGAUCUGUCUCAAUAGUUCCUCCUGCCUAUUAUGCACACUUGCUAUUAUUCAUCAUGGGUGGAUGGGCGUUAUUUUGUUUAGUAUUGGUUAGAACUACUAGACAGCUUUUGGAUACAGUGGUCACUGGGUGUUGGUUGCUAUGGAUCUUUCGAGACUAAUAGUGUAUAUUGUUGUUGUACUUUUACUAAAUCAUGAAUAUGUUGUUGUAUAUUGUUGAUCAAAGAAUCAUAUAUUAAUGUUGUAUAUAUGAAGGAUUAAUGUUGUAUAUAAAUGGAUUCAUGUUGUAUAUAUCAAUGGAUUAAUGGUGUAUAACAUUGGAUUAAAGGAUGAAUUCAAUAUGAAUUUUACA